CCAGCAGCGUCGGCGUGACUCCGCCUACGUGACGCUUGUGCCGCCAUGUUCGAUGAGGGCAAAGUACCCCUCCGCGACGGCGGCGGAAGUUCUGAUUCUGGCCAAUCACCUCUAGGGGACCAGGUGCUCCCGUCCGAUUGGUUACGCGGACCACGUGACAUUGAGCUUCUCUUGUGAUUGGUGGUCAGUGACUUCACGAGAUCCGGAGCUUUAGGCGGGAAGAUGUGACUAACCGAGCCGCCUCGAGGGAUUGGGAGAAUGCCACGUGACCAGAUGGCAACGGGCUAUGGCGUCGUGUGAUUGGCCGAGAGGCGGCAUAACUGGCCAGAAGUGCCGAGAUGAGCUCAGAGGCACAGGCAGUGUCCCGGUUUCGCACCCCGGAGCCAGUCUUUGGAGUUGUUGCUCCCGAGAUCAUUGAAGAUACUUUAAUUUGUUUAGCUACAGAAAAUGAACAAUAUCUGAAUGAGCUGUCAGAUCAAGCAGGAUGCUUCAAAGAGACCCAGAUAGUGGAAUUUGUAUUUCUUUUGUGUGAAAAAUGGUUCCUGGACCAAUCUGCACGAUAUCAAGCAGUUGAAAUAUUUGAAAGGUUUAUGAUUAAGCAUGUAGAAGAGAGCUAUAACUCUAUCAAAAAGUCAAGGACAAACAAUGAACAAGGAGAGGACAACAUCUGGGGCACUUUGAAAGCACAGAUAUGUGACACAUUUGUGCUGCGGCUUGUGUCUUGCAUUCAGCUUGCAAGCAAACUUUCUUUUCACUACAAUAUAAUUAACAAUAACACAGUUCUGAAAUUUCUGCAGUCCUUAGACUAUUCAUACACAAAACAGAACUUGGUGGAGUCAGAACUUGCCAUUCUGAAGGCUCUAUGCUUCCAGAUCAACGUGCCGACUCCUUUUGCCUAUGUUGAGUUGCUUCUGGAGGUGUUAGGACAUAAUGGCUGCUUACUUCCUAUGAAACAGUUGCAUAAGAUGUGCAUGCACCUACUGGAUUUAACUUAUCUUAUGCGGAACAUCAUCUAUGAUACUUUACUGAAGAUUUCUAUUGAGAAUUCAACACCGAGUGAACUCCAGAUAGCAAAAUUUUUGUCAGUAAAGGAAGAUUUCAUGCUCUUGGCAGUUGGCAUCAUCAGCACAAGCGCUUUCAUACUAAACCCUGAAUACUGGAAUCAGGUACUGCUAGACAAGAUUUACAGAGUGCAGGUCUUAGGCUUACAUGAACUAAAAAUUUUUUGCAUCUUUUACUGUUUACAGAGUACAGGUGUGUUGCACUGGAAGUAUAUUAAAGGUGGAGUCCUUCAAUAUAUUAGUACUGCAGGGCAAGGGGAGGUUGGGAAUUUAACAUGAGUGUCUCAUUACUUUGCAAACCUAUUCUGAGAAGACUGCAGCUUUCUUACACCUAGAAUAUGCUGUAUCCAAAGGCUUCCACUGGCAGAAACGGGGGAGGGGAGUAACCCCACAAGGCAUCAAAUCUCCCACAAACAGCCAGCCUGUGUUUUAUAGUAUAAAAGAGAGGUCCUAUUUAAAAUUGUCCUCUCACAGCAGAAGCAGUUAGUUGCUUUAUAUAUAUAUAUUCCUCCCCUGUAAGGGAGAAAGAUUCCACUAACAGGAUCCGCAAUUGGCUAAUUGCAGAGGGCUAGUGUUGUUUUUUUAAUGUAUUUGUAUUCCCAUAGCAGCUAGAUAGUACAGUAUUGGAGCCAUAGGGUCGACUAUACUCAUGUUUUUAUUUUCCUUUACAAAUACUCAAAGAUUUAAGAUCU